AUGGACUCCACAUCAGCUGCUGAUAACAUAAGGGAAGAUGCUGUGAGCAAGGUUUUGGGAAAAGACAAACCUGGACGAGUAAGGGGCUUUGGUAGAGGGAUUACAGCUAAUAAGCUAGCAUAUCUGCAAUUUAGAGACGCUAAGAUUGCAGAAAUGAAAAGUGAGAUUGAAGAGUUAAAGGGGAUGGUGCGAGAAUUAGCUGAGAAGAAGAAAAGUAAUGUUGAUGCUGAAACAUCUGAGAGUAGUGGUGGAUUCAAAGAAGGAGUCAGAGUACAAAUACUGGAUUGGAUUGAAUCAGAGGAUGUUGUUGUUGGUGAAGGAGAAUUCUGCUCUGCUGAACCGAAGUACAAAAUUGGUCGUAUACCAAUUGGUCCUAAUGCAGUGGCUAUCGUAGUUAAGUAUGCACUAAGCGCAUCAGCUUCACUCUGGAGGCCUACUACGGAUGUGUUAACUCUUGAUGAAGCUGUGGGAUACAAGAUAUCUUGGCCAAUGGAUAAAGUGAUUUUGGAUAAGGAUCCAAACUGUUCUGAAGAUUUAUCUAUGCAAAGCAAGGAAGGUGAAUAUCGAAGAUGCAAGAUAUAUGAUUGGACCAAUGAUGAGGACGAGGUCAUUGCUGAAGGUCUCGUGUGCUCUUCAAAAUCCAAAGACAUGGUUAACAACAUACCUCUGGGUCCCAAUGCUGUUAGUGUCGAAGUAGUGAAGGUGUUCAAUGAUCAAGCAUAUUUGUGGAGGCCAACCGCUGAUAUGUUCUUGAUUGGUGAUGCACUUAGCGAGAAAAUAGCAUGGCCAGUCCUAAAGGUUGAAGUCAUGCCUACACCCGCUACAGAAGUAACACCAACUAAAUGUGCAGGGAAGAAAAUAGCAUCACCUUCGAAGCCAGCCAAGAAAAAAGCAGUGAGUCCAGGCAGCACUAGUUCGACCAGAAGUCCGAAGCAGAAGUGCACUCUCUUGGAUUGCAACAACUCUGGACGUAAGGUAGCUGAAGGAAGGGUAGCUUCAACGGAUCCGAAUGAGUUGUGCCACUUUGUACCCCUAGGUCCAAAUGCAAGCAAGGUGUGGAUUGAUGUGGCUAAGAUCGGUGAUGCAAAAGUCUGGAGGCCAAAUUCAGAGAUUGAAUACAUAUCUGAUGCAAUGGGUUCGGUUGUGGCAUGGCCAAAUGACAAAAUCAAGUUUGUCUAAAAUUGUCGUCUGAAACAUUUUUCAAGUUGGUUCUCAUCGGCUAUGUAUUUCUAGUGUGUGAUCGAAUGUUUAGGUACUUUUUUACUCGGUUGAAAUCAUGUAUGAUAUUAUGUAACAGUUAGCAGACAAAAAAAACAAAAAUUAUGUGUUAUAUUAUGAUAUAAGGUUAUGUGUGAAAAUGUUUAGCUUGUUAACCCCUAUACCCUUAAGUGCAUAAUUUUACAUUAAACCAUAAGCUUUAAAAAUUAAAUCCACAGACGGGAAGACCAAAAAUUAAAAUC